ACGAUAGUAGGCCGAGAGUCGCAGCAGCGCACAGUCGUACGAGUGCGACGAAGACGGGGAUCUCUCGCUGACUCUUGUGGUGGGCAUGGUGCCGUAGUGGUGGUGCAUUAUACACACAUAUAUACCGAAAAACGACACAUAUACCGAACGCGCGUGCUGCUGCUGUGCCAGUCCGACACAGCAAACUGUGUUUGGGAAUCUAUUUGACGGCUAUCGAAUUCGUGUUUUUUUUAUUUGCGCGCGCCACAGUGUGUGCGUGCUCGUACGAGUUCGGACUCCCUAUGCAUCAACUGUGCAUGGUUACUAUCUGUACGUAUAGGUAACGCGAGCCUAGAGAAGGAUAGAGAGAGAGACGGAGAACGAGAGUGAGUGCAAGAUAGAGAAGAGAGAACGUUUCGACGUAAAGGGACAAAAAAAGAGAGAGAGAGAUAGAGUGACCGAGAGAGAAGCAAGAAAAAAACAAGCAAAACACAAACAAAACAAAACCAUGUCCAUUGUCGAUCCCAUGAAUCAGCGACACAUUGCGAUAAAUCACUGCUGCUGAUAACGAAAAAAAAAAAAGGUCGAUCGCUCCGGAUAAACAAACACGAGACGGUCUGCUCGACUGUUUGUGCGGUGUAACAAGAAGUAAAGAAACACAGGAGAUUCUCAGGCAAUAAUGGGUGAUCAGCUGAAAUUCAACGUCAGACCGAGAGCUCGCCUAGAUGCCAAAUGGCUCAAGAUUGAUUUGCAACGAUUUCUGUGCCGAGAUGGAUUGGCCGAACUAUGGAACGAAAUGAUAAGAGACGGCGAGAUUGUUGGUGCCUUUAGCAAUGGAUUGAUGAAUGCGGCUGGUGUCAUUGCCAGAAAGGGAGAAACUGGACACUAUUAUUGUAAUUUAAAAAUUUUAUCGUGUACCUGUUGUGAUGGCAUAUGCGGUCCUCAAAAUGGAUGCAAUUGUGCAUCGUGUAAAAAGUUAGAUGACGAAGAGGGACUAUCUGUUAAUGUUAAUGAAACCCCUGUUCCUGCUCAAAAUACUAUAGACUCUUGGCUGUGGGGCUCGCAACCAACCUCAGCUGAGCUGACCUCAUGCAUCGAAGCAUUAAUCAAAGAACAAAGAAACCUAUGUCACGAAGUAGCAAAUAGUACUCUAUCAGCGAUUAGAUUAAGACAGCGCCUAGUUAUUGCUCACAGAUAUUUCACUGCCUUGUCUCGUUACGAGCCACAAGAAAUCAAAGAAUUGUCCACAGUACCAAAGACAUUUGUCAAAACACAAAAAAAGGUGAAACCUAGCGAAAAAGCAACUGCAGGCCUCGCACGAGUUGGUACGCGUGCUGCAUUGAACUUUUCCUUUGCAUAUCUGAAGAGAGCCUGGAGAUCGGGUGAAGACAUAGACUUUUGUAGUGAACUAUUAGUAGAAUCUUUGGAGGCAUUACAGUCGUUACCAGAAGCAACGUUGUACGACGAGAACAAUGUAUCACAAGUAUGGCUCGAGGUAGUCGACAGAUCAGCCAAAUUUUUACGUCAAGUUGUCACAGGCGAUGUGGUAUCGGGUAGGAUAUCCUACUGCGCGGUGCCGGUCGCGGACCAGCAGACGGCACUGUGCCUGCUCCUCGAGCUGGCCACGCAACGCGGCACACUGUCGAGCCUGCUCGACUCCGUGAUCCUGCUGCUGCAGCUGAGCGAGAAACCGAAGCAGCAGGACAAUCGAGUGAUGCCGCCGGGCAACACGGCGCCGCUCGUGCCGCUGCUGCUGCGUCUCAGCAAGAUCGAGGCGUCGAAGCAGCAGCGACUCAACGUCAACGAGCCGCCGGGCCCGUGCGAGGUCUUUCUGAAACACCUGCGCAUACCCGAGGACGAGACCAAGGUCGUGGAGCUGCGCAAGGCGGCGGUCAUCAUAAUGUGCCACCUGAGCAGGCUGGCCCAGCCGCUGCUGCCGCCCAUACCGGAUCUGCUGAGAUCCAAGACGCAGAGCUUCCAGGAGGUGCUGGCCUGGGGCAGCGUGCAGUUCGGCAACGGCAAUCCACCCUACUGCUGCGACUCCAUCGCCGACAUCGGGGUCAGGCAGCUGUACUGCACCGAGCGCGCCCUGCUCAUACUCUCCCUGAACGGCAAGGUCUACUCGAUGAGCUACGGCUCGGAGACGCAGUAUCCCCAGUACGUGUCGGGCUUCAGCGAGGAGAUAGUGAUGAUCGCGGCGCACCCGGACGGCAAGUACCAUCUGGCGCUGUCGGCGCGCGGCUACGUCUACUACUGGGGCACGGGCAACGACGCCGCGGGCCGACUCGGCCAGGGCAACGGCUUCUGCCCGGACGAGCCGCUGACCAUCGAGGAGCUGGCCGACAAGAACGUCGUGCAGAUCGCCUGCGGCAACACGUACUCCGCUGCGGUGACGGACGCCGGCGAGAUCUACACCUGGGGCCGGGCGAAUUACGGCCGACUGGGCCACGGCAACUUCGAGGACCUGAGCGUGCCUGCCCUCGUGAAGAACAUGGAGGGCCAGGUGGUGAAGCACGUCGCCUGCGGCGUCGGCAACUCGGGCACACUCUGCUGCACCCAGGACGGCACCGUGUACUCCUGGGGCGACGGCGACUACAGCAAGCUCGGCCGGGGCGGCAGCGAGGGCCUGCGUCUGCCCAAGGCCGUCGAGACCCUCAAGGGCUACAAGAUCGUCAAGGUGUUCCGGGGCGAUCAGUUCUCCGCGGCCCUCUCGGACGAGGGCGACAUCUUCACCUGGGGCAAGGGCGACAACUAUCGGCUCGGCCACGGCGACGAGAAGUACGUGCGCUACCCGAUGCUGGUGGUGGCGCUGCGCAAGAAGAGGGUCUGCGACCUGUCCGUAGGCAGCUCGCACGUGCUCGCCCUCACCGAGGACCAGCUGGUCUACGGCUGGGGCCGCAACGACGCCUGCCAGAUCGAUCCGAGCCUGCCGGUCAUCGUUUCGGAGCCCGCGCUCUGCCCGAGCCUCAGCGGCAAGGGCCUCGUCGGCCUGGUGUGUGGACCCACGCAGAGCUUCGCCUGGUCCAUGUUCUCGUGGUUCGUCGCGCCCCAGGUGGCCUUCAUCGUCGACGUCUGCGAGGAGAGCUUCAAGCUGCUGGACUGCCUGCUGGCUAAGUCGUGCGAGGGCCUGCCGGGCGCGCGUCCCCCCAAUCAGGACCGGGAGUGCCUCGUGGUGGCCGCCCUGAAUCUGCUGCGGCUGCAGCUGCACGCCAUGCUCACCCACAAUAUGGACGCGAACCAGGUGGGCCUCGGCUACGCCUAUCCGCUGCUCAACUCGCUGAAGCAGCGCUGCGUCUCGCUCGCGAGCCUGUCGGGCAUCACGGCGACGAUACAGGUGGCCGCGCAGGCCGUCCUGCAGACCGGCUGGAGCAUACUGCUGCCCACGGCCUACGAGCGCGCCAAAACGCUCUCGGGCUUUUUGCCCAACACCAGCGGCCUCGACGUGGGAGGAGGAGGAGGAGGAGGAGGUGGUUCGCCGUCGAGCGGCAGCAACAGCCGUGGUCAGCAGUUCAUGGCCGACCUGCUGGUCUCGAGCCUGAUGGCCGACGGUGGCUUGGAGCUGGCCCUCAAGAUAGCCAUCAAGACGGAGAUCUCGGACGGUUCGGACAGCAACAAAGACGCCAUGUCGGUGAUGAUGAUCAAUCAGGGCCGAGAGAGCGAGGGUCGCUACAACAUAUCUCUACUGCAGCUAGUCAAACAGUUGAUACGUAACGGCACCUACAUCACGCAGUCGCAGCUCAAGAACUUGCAGCAGCAACAGCAGCAUCAACAGCAACAGCAGCAGCAGCAGCGUCAGCAAUUCCAUCAACGAAACCAAGACAAUCGCCACAACAAGAUCAACAGCAACUCGCCGAGUCUGAAUCUGCUGCUGCGAUUCCAGAGGCUUCUGAUCGCCCAGAUGGUCGACUGCAUCAGGAAGAACGGCAGCGUCAAUUCCGAGUCGCAGGACCAGGAGAUGCUCGGCGUCGAGUCGCUGCUCAACAAGUUCAUCUGUCAGGUCUGCGCGCACGUCAACGAGACCCUGCCCGUGGCCAUACAGCUGGCCAGCGCGAGCGUCAAGCACUUCAUCGUGGUGGCCUCGGUGCUCAGGAACGACAUAGUCAGCCUGCUCUUGCCCGAGCUCGUCAUCAGUCUCAUACUGCUGCAGAUCGACUAUCCGAUGCUACUCGCCAAGAUGAACUGGAUGGAGGUGCUGUCGCCGAUUCUCGACGUUCUCGAUCAAUUCAAUCGUCUGGCGCCGACCAUCGAGAAAGACGACGCCGACGAUCUGUCCUGGCCCGGUAUCAUAGCCCCGCAGCACAGCAACAAACUUUUCAUACAGGACGAGCCGUCGCUCAUACGCUGGGCCGAUCUGGUCAAUCACAAUCGAGACGGCGGCUUCUGGGUCGUCGUCAAUAACAGCGUUUACGACGUUCAAGACAUAUCCGGCUACGACGCCACGUCCAUCGGAUGCAAUUCGGAGAGCCUGCAUCGCUUGAUCGGCCGCGAGGCGCGCCACGGCAUGACGGACUCGUGCUUCGUCGGCUUCUACUGUCAGCCCGAGCCCGAGAACACGCAGUUCAGCAUCGAGGUGACGGACCUGUGCGCGAGCCUGCUCGACACCGAGCGCGCCCUGAGCUUCGUGCUCGGCCUGCACGCCUGCCGGCUGCGCGAGAGCCUGAGCCUGCAGCCGGCCGAGGAGGAGGUCGGCCGCUGGCUCAAGUCCAGCUUCCUCAGCGGUGGCCUGCAGGUGCUCCAGCCGCCCAAUCCGUACGAGGAGGAGAAGGGCGAGGCGCGCAGCAACAACUCGACGGCCGCGAACUCGCCCACGGAGGCGCCCCUGGUGCCGGUCUGCUGCGGCGGCGCCAAGGACGAGCCGCAGCGCCUCCUACUGCUCGGCGACGAUCGGGCCCUCGCCUUCGUGCAGGCCCUCGCCGAGAGCUACAAGUGCGACAGCCACGUGCAGGCGUUCCUCGCCGUCGUCGAUCGCUACUACAAGUCCAACAAUCUGCUCUGCAACGCCAACUUCAACGGCGACCAUCCGGUGGAGGAGCUCGGCCGCCUCCUGCUGGCCGUGCUGAUCAAGCAUCUGGCGCUGGGCUGCCAGAUACUGGCGCUCGUCGAUCAGGAGCUGAGCGACGGCAACGCCAAACUGACCAAGCCCCUGGUGGACGUGGUCAAGGCCGUGUACCAGGCCAAGUGGGACCUCAUCAGAACGAGGCAGCAGCAGAAUCGCAGCUACAAGGAGGUCUGCACGCCCGUGCAGGAGAAGUGCCGCUUUCUGCUCUACGAGGUCAGAUCGGCCACGAGCUACGAGAUCAAGGGCCUCAAGGAUCUGAAGGUGCUGUACACGGUGCCGCGAUUCAAGGCCGCGGUGCAGCGCGUGAUGGCCGAUUUGAAACUGGCCGACUCGCCGAGCAAACCCGAGGACAUCGUCAACGCGUCCAUACAGAAUGCCAAAGCCAAGAACAGCGGUGUUGUCGGCGGCGUCGUCACUGGCAGUGGCAGCGGUAGCAAGAACAUCGACGACUUGGAGGACGAGAAAUCCGACGACGCGGAGAGCAUCGGCGUCGGCGGAACCGGCUGCGCGACCUCGACCAAACUCAACGACGUCAACGAGGAGGCCAGCAGCGGCGGCGUCGGCGUCGGCGGCGGCGGCAGCAACAGCAGCGUCUUAACGACCUGCAUGACCAACGUGCUGCGCCAGCUCACCGACAAGCUGAGGCGCAAGCCCCUGCUGCAGACGCCCUACAGCCUGCUGACGAGCAUCAUGGAGUUCGUGCUGGCCGAGGAGAGCGGCGGCGACGUCGAGUCGCUGCGACGCGCCAUGUACUGUCAAAUCCAGCGGGUGAAGAUGCGCGAGCAGGGCCUGCAGAUGAUACAGGAGCUGCUGGAGAAGGAUUACCUGAUCACCUCGGUCAAGUACUCGCUGCUGAACGGCUGGCUCGGUCUGGUGCACCACGAGCCGCGACACCUGAACAACAAGAGCGUCUCGCACUGCCUCGACGACAUACAGUCGGUGACGCCCUACCUGCGGCUCAAGGUGAUCCUCGACGAGGCCAAGGUGACCCUGUGGGCCAUCAAGACUCUGCGCGCCUACGUCAUACAGACCGAGCUGCCGAGCAAGUCCAGCAAGGCCAGCGGCAAGAGCAGCCUGAAUCAGGGCACCUACACCUGGCUGAGAAAGCUGCCGAGGGCCCGAUUCUUGCUGACGAUCUUCGGCAUGCUCACGACGCGCCAGGGUGCCAACGAGAUCGGCCUGCUCAUCAACUCGGGACUCCUGUCGAGCGUACUGACGCUCAUGCGUCAAAUCGGCCCGACCAAGAUCGGCCAUCAUCAUCACGAGAAGAGACGCGACAGUCGAUGCAAGGACAGCGGCGGCAGCGGCAGCCGCGUGCCGGCCAUCUACGAGGACGCCGUGCACAAGUGUCGACCGCCCUCGGUCACGGUGAGCGGCAUGGAGCUCGCGGCCCUCAUGAAGAUCGGCACGAAGGUCGUGCGAGGCGUCGACUGGAAGUGGGGCGAGCAAGACGGACCGCCGCCCGGCGAGGGCACCGUGAUCAACGAGCUCGGCGAGGACGGCUGGAUACGCGUCAAGUGGGACAACGGCUCCACCAACUCCUAUCGCAUGGGCAAGGAGGGCAAGUACGAUCUGAAGCUCGCCGAGCCGCCGGCCCCGCUCGAGAGCGACUCGGACAGCGACAUGGCGUCGCCGAGCGACACCCAGAGCGCCGCCGCGGCUUUGACCGCCAACGGCGUCUCCGCGGCCAAUCAUCAAUUAGGACACGAGCAGCAGCAGCAGCAGACAACGACGACGACAACGACGACGACGACGAUGGCGACGAAUCGCGAGGUGCAUCCGACGACGUAUCUGAAAAAUUCGUGCGUCACGCUGCUGCGCGUCAUCAUGCUGUCGUCGGCCAUCGAGGCCGAGCACAUCCAGCCGUCGGCCGUCAGGAUACUCUCGUCGGUGCUGCGUGGCGUCCUCGUCAACGCCAACAAGUCCGACUCGAGCCUGCAGACGCAGCUGGCCAAGGAGCACGAGGAGACCUGGGCCACGUUCGGCCUGAUACGCGUCAUAUCGAGCUCCGAGGCGCUCUGUCGCGCCCUCUGCACCCCCUGCUGGAUCAACUUUCUGCUGAGCGUGGUCGAGGACUCGUCCGAGGGCUUCGCCCGCUUGACCAAGCAGAUAAUGGCAGUGCGGCUGCUCGGCAACGUGCUGCCCCACUGGCCGCUCAACGAGUCCCAGGCCCUGCUGGACAAGGUCUUCUGUCUGCUCGGCCGCAUCGCCUAUCUCUGCGAGUCCGGCAACGAGCUGCACUCGAACAAGUGUCGCGUCUCGCUCACCGCGUCGCACGGCUCGACCCUCGCCGAGGAGCUGAUCGGCCUGCUGCGCAAUCUGCACGCGCUGCCCAACUGGAACUGCGUCAUCAAUCGGUAUCUGCUGCCGAAGCUGCGUAUGGCCGCGGAUCUGCUCAAGGACCCGGCCAACUUCAACACGCAGCUCAACGAGAACGGCAAGGAGAACAUCGCGAGCGUGCAGCAGUCCACGAUGGCGGCGCUCAUAGUCGUCGGUGGCCUCGACAGUCGGCCGAGAAUCGGAGCCACGGUCGAGGUGGACGGCUGCCAAGGCACCAUUUGCAAAUUCACUCGGCACUGCAAGCUCAGCGUGCAGCUGCACGAUUGCAAAGCUCGCAAAAAAGUCAACUUCUCCGAGUUCAAGAUGAAGAUCGACAAGUUUCACCUGGACCCGAGCUUGCUGGCGCCGGCGGCCCUCGACACGUGGGCGGCUCUGCUGCUCGGGCAGAACGCGACCGACAAGCGGCCCGGUGGCAUGCCCGUGAUCGCGGGUUUCGUCAACGCCUCAAUUCUGCGCGCCCAGCAGCAGCAGCUCGCCGCCCUGAACGCCAGCAAGAGCCUGAUCGAGUCGCAGACCAAGCUGCGCAGCGUGCUCAAGUGCCUGACCACGGACAACGACAAGGAUCGUCGCAGCCUGCUGCAGGAGCUGCUCGCCCGCGCCAUCAAGCCGCAGCCGCUCAAGCCGAUAUUCAAGCUGGAGGAGCUGGAGACCGCGGCUCUGGUGGUCAGCCAGUAUCUCGCCUCGGAGCUGAGACACUCGCCCAUUCACUGUUCGGGUAUCGACGGAUCCGAGCCCGUGACUCCGUGCUCGGAGGCGUCGGCCCCGUUCCCGAGCGCGGUCCAGCAGCAUCAUCGUCGGCCGAUUCGCACGCCUCGAGGCCGCGCCGCCGCCGCCGCCGAGAGCAGCAGCGGCAGCAACAAGUCCAUCGUGACGACGGCCAGCGCGCAUCUGCUCAGCCAGGUGACGGAGAUGGGCUUCGAUCGGCGCACCGUCGAGUUUGCCAUCAAGCAGCUGAGCGCCGUCGACGUGGUCACCGGCAGCGGCGUCGGCAGCCUGAAGCCCGAGACGGUGGUGGCCUGGCUGCUCGAGAACGCCGACAUCAAUCUGAGCGACGACGACAGCUCGACCAGCGUCGAGGACGCGCGCGAUUCCGACAAUUCCAUCAGCGAGGAUAACGAGGACGACGCGAUGAUGCUGCCCGAGGCCAGUGGUGGCGCUGGUGGUGGUGCUUGCAGCGGUAGCAGCGGCACGGGUGGAGGAGCAGGCGGCGCCAGCUCCGCGCCCGGCCCGAGCGGAAGCUCGUCGUCCCAGCCGUCCUACAUGAAGAGAUCGGAUUUCUUGUCGCUGGACGAGUACGCCAACUACGUGAAGGUCAACAUCAAGGAGGGCAUGCUGGUGAGAUGCUGCAAGACCUACGAGGAGGUCGAGUACGGCGACGUCGGCCAGGCCGUGAAGAUAGACGUGGAGGGCCUGCACGAUCUGAACGUGCAGGUGGCCUGGCAGCACAAGGGCGGCACCUACUGGGUCAGAUUCAUACACAUCGAGCUGCUGGGCAAUCCGCCGUCGCUGCCGCUGCCACCCGCGCUCAAGGUCGGCGACAAGGUGCGCGUCAAGCGCUCCGUCGCCGUGCCCAAGUACAAGUGGGGCUCGGUCAAUCAUCAGAGCGUCGGCGUCAUCACCUCGAUCAUGAACAACGACAAGGACGUGCUCUGCGACUUUCCGCAGCAGGUGAACUGGACGGGCUGCGCCAGCGAGAUGGAGCGCGUGCCGUCCUGCCAUCACUCGGUCUCGUGCAACUCGUGCGGCGUCUCGCCCAUCUCGGGGCCGCGCUUCAAGUGCAAGCCCUGCGACAAUUACAAUCUCUGCGAGAACUGCUUCUACACGAAGCGCGCCCAUCGCCACGGCUUCAAUCGCAUCCCGGAGCCGGGCUCGGCGGCCGUCUACGCGGGCAAGCCGGGCCGCUAUCAUCGCCAGGACCUGCUCGAGCCGUCCCUCAUCUACGACUGGUCCAAGUGCAUACGCACGCUGUCCGUGUCGACGAACGAGCGCUCCGCCACCCAUCUCGUCGACGGCAUGGGCACCUACUGGCAGAGCUGCGGCCCCAAGGGCUCGCACUGGAUACGCCUGGAGAUGCAUCCGGGCAUACACAUACACACGCUCAAGCUCAGCGUCAAUCCCAAGGACAGCAAUUACAUGCCCGCGCUCAUCGACAUCAACGUGGGCCGCACCUUCGACUCCAUGUGCCGGCUGUCGAGCGUCAACGUCGAGGAGCAGGCCUCGACCAUACUGCUGCUCCAGGAUCUGCAGUUCUAUCACGCCUGCAUCGAGAUCAAGAUCAAGCAGUGCCGCAACGAGGGCAUCGACUGCCGCAUACACGGACUGAAGAUCGUCGGCUACAAGAAGCCCAGCGACAAUCAGCUGGCCACGUCGAUAUCGUUUCUGGCCAGCGACUGGGAGGUCGUGCAGGAGCAGAUAUCGACGCCGCGAGCGAGCGACCAGCAGAUGGCGGCCGUCUUCGUCUGGGGCCUCAACGACAAGGAUCAACUGGGCGGACUGAAAGGCAGCAAGAUCAAAUUUCCCGUUUACAGCGAGGUCCUGUCCAAGCUCAAGCCCAUACACAUCGCCGGUGGCAGUAAAACUCUCUUCGUGGUGAGUCAGGAGGGCAAGCUCUACGCUUGCGGCGAAGGCACGAACGGCCGACUCGGCCUCGGCGACAACAACAACGUCAACGAGCCCAAGCCCAUACCGUUCCUUAGCCAGUACGUCAUCAAGAAGGUGGCGGUGCACUCGGGCGGCAAGCACGCGCUCGCUCUGACGCAGGACGGCAAGGUGUUCUCGUGGGGCGAGGGCGAGGACGGCAAGCUUGGCCACGGCAACAAGACGUCGAUCGACAAGCCGCGCCUGAUCGAGGCGCUCAAGUCGAAGCGCGUGCGCGACAUCGCCUGCGGCAGCGGACACUCCGCGGCCAUCACCAGCAACGGCGAGCUCUACACCUGGGGCCUGGGCGAGUACGGCCGGCUCGGCCACGGCGACACCACGACCCACCUGAAGCCCAAGCUCGUCGAGGCCCUCGUCGGCCAGAACAUCGUGCAGGUGGCCUGCGGCAGUCGCGACGCCCAGACCAUGGCGCUGACGGGCGACGGCGCCGUCUUCUCCUGGGGCGACGGCGACUUCGGCAAGCUCGGCCGCGGCGGCAGCGACGGCUGCUACACGCCCAAGCAGGUCGACCGGCUCAACGGCAUCGGCGUCACGCAGAUCGAGUGCGGCGCCCAGUUCUCGCUGGCCCUCACCAAGUACGGCGAGGUCUGGACCUGGGGCAAGGGCGACUACUUUCGGCUCGGCCACGGCAACGACCAGCACGUGCGCCGGCCGCUCAUCGUCGAGGGCCUGCGCGGCAAGAAGGUCGUGCACGUGGCCGUGGGCGCGCUCCACUGCCUCGCCGUGACGUCGGACGGCGAGGUCUACGCCUGGGGCGACAACGAUCACGGCCAGCAGGGCAACGGCACCACCACCGUCAAUCGCAAGCCCUCGCUCGUGCACAAUCUCGAGGACGCCAAAGUCAAUCGGGUGGCUUGCGGCUCGAGCCACAGCAUCGCCUGGGUGCUCACGGACCAGCCCAGCCUCGGCAAUCAGGAGCCCGUGGAAUUUCCCACGGCCAAAGAUCCAUUGGGCCAGGCUCUGCUUCAUUUCGCCCAGAGCAGCGAGGCCGGCAGCAGCAGCAACAGCAGCAGCAGCAGCACCGUCACCAGCAGCGGUGCUGGCGUUGGGGCUAGCGCGACCGCGACCGCCACGAUGACGACGACGAGCGGUACGGGCGCGAGCGCGGGUCACUCCGCCAACGGUAAAGCCGCGAGCAGAACUUCGUUGGCGCACAUAAUACUGUCGCUGGAGAGCAACGUGGCCAAGCAGCAAGCUCUGCAGCAUGUGCUCAACGCGCUGCAAAUCAUGCAAGCUCGUACGGCAGUCGUCACCGCUCUGCAGAGCCACAUAACGCACAGUUGCAGCAACGGCAGUAGCAACAGAUCUUCGCCGAUGAGACCAACCGCCGAUGAUAAAUUGAGCUCGAGCAUGGAGCAAGCCUCGUCGCGAUGGAUGAGCAACGACGUCAUCAGCGAGAUAGCCCAGGGCGGCGGAGAGUCCUUGGCCAACGUAUCCGAGGCUGCGGCCGUGACGAGUCCCCAAGCUACACCCGAGAGCGACAACGAAUUUCCCAUAACGUCGAGCUUUCCGAACUCCAACUCGAGAUCGGCGAGCAUAUCGUCGCGAGCCUCGAGGAUGUCCACGAGCAGCGCGAUGAGCGUCAUAGCCGCCACCUUUACGUCGAACGCGCAGGUGGUCGGCGAGGGCUCCACGAAUUCCGAUCACGAUCUCGACGAGUUCACAUCUCAGUUAACCGAGGAGGACGCGCGCAUGCUGAUGGAUCUGCUGAAGUUGGCCGUGGCGAAUCGCGUCUGCGACGGAGCCCGAGAAACCAUCUCGUCGGUACUGAUGGCACUGGGCAAGUCGAACGCGUCCAUCGGCAACACGCUGCUCGAGCUGUGCGUCACCGAGCUCGAGGACACGGUGGCCAACUCCAACUGCUCGAACAAGGGCCCCCAGGCGAUCGUCCAGGAGACGCCACAUCCGUACAUCGACGACACGACGCUGCAGGGCUACGUGAAGAUACCGGGCGCCGAGGCGCUGCGAGUCGAGUUCGAUCGGCAGUGCUCGACCGAGCGCAAGCACGAUCCGCUCACGAUCAUGGACGGCAACAAUCAGGUGGUGGCGGUGCGCUCGGGCCGCGACUGGAACGAGUGGUCGACGGACGUUCGCGUCGAGGGCGACGAGCUGCGCUGGCGCUUCACCGCCGACGGCUCGGUGAACGGCUGGGGCUGGCGCUUCACCGUCUACUCGACCUACGGCAAUCUCAGUCCCCAGGAGUCGGGCUCCGACCGCGCCGUGCUCUCGUCCACGUCGAUCGCCCUGGCCGAGUGCCUGCUGGACAACAAUCUGCCCAUGAUGCUGAGCCUCGAUCGGGGAAUAGUGCAGAGACUGGCCAGCGCUCUGUCCCAGUGCAGCCAGCUGAACAAUCUGAGCGCCCGCCAGCGCGUCUGGGCCCUGAAGAAGCUCCAGCUGAUCGUCCAGUGUCACUCCGUGAAGCCGCAAGUGACGCUCACCAGUUUGCUGGGUUCGUUGCCGCAGAUUCUGCUGAGGCAGUACGAAUACGAGGAUCCAGCCGUGAGGGGCGGCAAGCAGCUCAUGCACAGCGAUUUCUUCAAAACACUCGUCUCGCUCGCUUGCGAUCUGGAAUUAGACACGAUGCCGUACUGCGCCGAGAUCCACAAGUGGUCGUGGUUCCGACGUUACUGCCUGUCCGCGCGAGUCGCCAACUCCCUCAUCAAUCGAACACCCCUGCCGGCGGCCUUCUGCGUCGAGGUGUCGAAGCGCAUCAGCGAAAUGGUCUCGGACGACGUGGAGAACGUGGUCAGAGAGCACGAGAAUCACGCGCUCUUCAAGCAGGAGCACGACGAGACCCUUCUGCAGUGGUUCACGCGACGACCCGACGAUUGGACCCUGUCCUGGGACGGCUGCGGCGCCAUCUACGGCUGGGGUCACAACCACCGAGGCCAGCUGGGCGGUCUGGAGGGUGCCAAGGUCAAAUUGCCCCUGCCCUGCGAUAGCCUGUCGGCGCUGAGGCCCGUCCAGUUGGCCGGCGGCGAGCAGACCCUGUUCGCCGUGACGGCCGAUGGCAAAGUCUAUGCCACUGGUUACGGAGCACUAGGUAGACUCGGUAUCGGCGGUGUCGAAUCCGCGAUGGUGCCCACUCUACUCGAGUCGAUUCAGCACGUCUACAUCAAGAAGGUCGCGGUGAACUCCGGCGGCAAGCACUGCCUCGCUCUGAGCAGCGAGGGCCACGUUUAUUCCUGGGGCGAGGGCGAGGACGGCAAGCUCGGCCACGGCAACCGACUCACGUACGAUCGGCCCAAGCUCAUCGAGUCGCUGCUCGGCACCGAGAUCGUCGACAUAGCCUGUGGUGGGCAUCACAGCGCCGCCAUAUCCAGCGCCGGCUGGCUUUUCACUUGGGGCAAAGGUCGUUACGGGCGACUGGGUCACGGGGACAGCGACGAUCAGGUGAAGCCCACGAUCGUCACCGCUCUGCAAGGCUACAAGGUCAUCGACGUGGCCUGCGGCAGCGGCGACGCGCAAACCCUCUGCGUGACCGACGACGACAACGUCUGGAGCUGGGGCGACGGCGACUACGGCAAACUCGGCCGCGGCGGCAGCGACGGCUGCAAAGUGCCCAUGAAGAUCGAAUCGCUCGCCGGAUUGGGCGUGGUCAAGGUCGAGUGCGGCAGCCAAUUUUCCGUGGCGCUCACGCGAUCCGGAGCCGUCUACACCUGGGGCAAAGGCGAUUAUUACCGCUUGGGCCACGGCACCGACGAUCACGUGCGCCGCCCGAGAAAGGUCAACGCCCUGCAGGGACUGAAAAUCGUGUCGAUCGCCACGGGCUCGUUGCACUGCGUGGCGUGCUCCGACCAGGGCGAGGUCUACACCUGGGGCGACAACGACGAGGGCCAACUGGGCGACGGCACGACGAGGGCCCAGCAGAGUCCCAGGCUCGUGCUCGCGCUCCAGGGCAAGAACACCACGAGGGUGUCGUGCGGCAGCGCUCACACGCUGGCCUGGAGCACGACCAAGGCGCCCCACAGCCUGCCCGCGUCCGCGCCCAUGGAGUACGACGCCGUGAAGGAUCUUCCGUUUUCCGCGCUCUACAACAGGCUCAUACUGCUGCAUCACUUCGCGGAGCUGCUGUGUCCCACGCUGGCCAUGUUCCCGACGACGGGCCAGCUGGCUCUGCACAAACUGGCGCCCAUGCUGGUUUACAGUAUCAAAGAGGCGACGUUCAGAAAAGUCGUACAGUCGACCAUGGUCAGAGACAGACAGCACGGACCGAUCAUCGAACUCAGUAGAUUGCAAGUUAAGAAGAGUCGAGGAAAGGGCGGUUACGCUGGCCCGGAUGGAAUGAAAUCUGUAUUCGGACAGAUGGUCGCGAAAAUGUCGCUACUCACUCCAGAAGUUCUCUUCCUGCCACAUCGAGUGUGGAAAGUCAAAUUUGUUGGUGAGAGCGUGGACGAUUGCGGCGGUGGCUACAGCGAGAGCAUAGCCGAGAUGUGCGACGAGCUGCAAAACGGCUCGUUGCCUCUGUUGAUAGCGACUCCGAACGGCCGCGACGACAACGGCACGAAUCGCGACUGCUUCAUUCUCAAUCCCGCGGCGAAGUCGCCGCUGCACAUGCAGAUGUUCCAGUUCCUCGGCAUACUGAUGGGCGUGGCCAUACGCACGGGCAGCCCGUUGAGUCUGAAUCUGGCCGAGCCCGUGUGGAAGCAAUUGGCGGGUGUGCAGCUGACUCCCGCCGAUCUGACGGAGGUCGAUCGAGUUUACGUUCCGGGGCUGUUGUACAUCAGGGACAUGGAUCCGCAGGAGAAAAACUUCCAAAAUUUGGAGAUGCAUUUCUCGACACCCUCGGCCGCUGGAUACGACGUUCCCUUAUCCACCAAAUACCGAAAAAUAACACCGGAAAAUAGAAACGAAUACGUCAGGCUGGCUUUGAAUUAUCGUCUUCACGAGUUCGACGCACAGGUAGCUGCGGUGCGCGACGGCAUGUCCAAAGUCAUUCCCGUUCCGCUGCUCACCUUGUUCAGUGGUAGCGAGCUCGAGACGAUGGUGUGCGGCAGUCCUGACAUACCGAUUGAGAUGCUGAAGUCCGUUGCUACUUACAAAAGCAUUGAACCAACGUCUCCGAUAGUUCAAUGGUUCUGGGAAGUGAUGGAAGAGUUCACCAAUCAGGAGCGAUCGUUAUUUUUAAGAUUCGUUUGGGGCCGAACGCGUUUGCCUCGAACCAUCAACGAUUUUCGCGGUCGAGAUUUUGUCCUCCAGGUAAUGGACAAGUACAAUCCAGCCGACGCAUUUUUACCCGAGAGCUACACGUGCUUCUUCUUGCUGAAAUUACCACGCUACUCCUGCAAGAGCAUACUGCGAAAAAAACUGAAAUAUGCCAUACAUUUCUGCAAAAGCAUCGACAACGACGAUUACGCGCGAGUUCAGGCAGAGGCGACCUCGGAAAUCGACGACACAGAGAGCCUCAUGAGCGAGGAGCACACGUCGCUGUAGUUUAAUCAAUCCAGGCGACAAAGGUGAUGGAAUUUCGCGUGGAUUUAAAUUAAUAGAAGCAAAAUCGAGACACGAAAUUCUAAAAAAGAAAAACUUACCAAAAAAUAGAAAAAUACCGACUAGACUAACUACUUUACGAAUAGACUCAUAACGUAGCACAAAUGAUGGAGAAAUACGUAGCGAUUUGUGCGUAUAAAAAAGAAAAGAAAGAGAAUGGCAAUUAUUUUAAUCCGAUAAUUCGUGCGAUUUGUGAUUAUCAGAUUAUCAGAGACGAAAGAAACGUUAUUUUGUGCGACGCAUAAACUAAAAUGCGUCUAACACGAGGCUUGGAAGCGUCAUUUGUCGAUCUUUCGUAAGCCGCUUUGUGAUAUAUAUUCUUUUAAAAAGAGCUACAUACAAAUAUUAAUUACUAUUUUGUACGAUAACUUCUAUUCCUCUAAGCGCUAUUAACAUAUUAUUUAAGAAUUACGUUCGGUUAAUCAUUGAGAAUGUUGGGUUAACGAGCUUCGAUAUUUCAUGAGCUUUGUGAAAUUUAUAUGGAUUACAUUGAAUAUUAUAUUAAUUACGAAUGGCUGUGUGAAUGGGAAUCUGAGAAAAUAAGAAUUAUGUCUGAGUAAUGUCUUGUAAUAAAUGACAUUUACACCAAACCAAAAUAUUGUUCAGUUUGAUCUUUCAUAUGAUGAUGAUAAUGAUGCACUAGUGCUCUACUUUUUUACUUUUGAAAUGUUUUUAUUAUCUUUAAUCAUUCAGAUCUGUAUUGUAUUUUCUAUUUAGUUUGUAAAAACUUUGUUUACAUCGUCAAUUCACAAAUCAAAGAUAAAUGUUAUAAAUAAAUAAAUAAAUUUACUGAAAAUAAA